AUUCGGUGGAAUUGUCAUCCACAGGACACCGUCGUCGGACAAUCUGCCGAGCCCCAGGGCGACAUUCACGCAGAGCCCACGGUGUCCUUGGACCCAGUUGGCGUCUUCUUACAAUCCAGCGACGCUGUGGCUGGCAGUAUCUCUGAUGGUCUCGCGGGCACCCUUCGAGCGUCCAGCCGCGCCGGCCCCGAGGACAUCCACGACGAACGCCAAGAGCAACCGGAUGCCACCCGCGCUGGCCCACCCUCUCACGCCUCCGCCUGCGGCCCGCCACCCGCGAAGUGCCGACGACUGAAGCGCCCCGUGGGCGAGUUCACCAACAACGCCGACUUGCUAUACGGCGCCUUCUGGUUCCUCUUUCCAUUGCGGGCCGGCUUGGUUUCCCAGGCCCCCUUGGGCAUGCGCGAGUCUAGACGCAUGCUCACCCAAUUCCACAGCGGCUUCGCACAUUGCCGCAAUUUCAUAUUCCUGCUUGCGAACCAAAUGCAACGCCGCGCUGCUGCCAGGGGGGUCGCUCUUCGCGUGAAGACGGACCCUUUCAGCUUCAAAACUUUCGCAGACAUGAUCGCCGACAAAGAUGUCUACCUCGACCGACUAGGCCGUGCGAAGGCAGAUCCCACCAGUAAAGAGGCCCGGGCGCUACUGAAGCAAGUGCCCCGGUUCGCGGCGUUAUCUGGUAAGACCAUCCCCUGGGGCGGUGAGGGGCGAGCUUCUGAGAUCACCGAGCUCUAUGCUUUACAAAGGAGAUUCGGCCCCUUCAGCUCCUUCAUGACCGUGGCCUUGGACGACGCGCACCAGCGCGGCAAGCCGCACCUGUGGCCCGCAGACGAAACUGGCCUACUGCGCGUCCUUCGCAAAGAAGGCGCCGAGGAGGGCGUCUCCGCGUUCUCCGAGAAGUCCACGCCGCGCGGCGCGGACGAGUCGUACACGUUUUCCAUGGGCGAGGCAUUCCUGCAGCGCUUGGCGACUCUCGAUCCCGUGGCAACCGCGUUGCUGCGGGAACAGAUGGCGGAGGCUAUCUUCACGGAGCUCGCGGGCAUGCCGCCGCACCGCAAACGGAUGACGUCGCAGCUGAUCGACGAGAACAGCCCCCAUCGCGGCAUCUUCAGAACCCAGUGUGCCUGGCAUUUCGCGACCGAAACAAACGGCCGCAAGUCCUUCCACUUCCACGCCGAUGUCAUCGCAGGGGCCUCUCCUACAUUGUUGGCCGACGUGGCUGGGCACCCACGCUUGGAGGCCGCGGUGCGCGCAGCCCUGGACUCACUGUAUACGGCCCACGUGCCCGCCGACUUGCACGCCAUCGACGUGGCCCGCCGGACUCUGCGCGCGCCAGCGGAGCGUCAGACUUUCUUCCAGACCACCGACACGCCCACCCCGGAAGCCGUCCGAGAGUUCCACGCGGAUGCCGCCAUCGCAGCUCUUACCACUGGCCCCUUGCGCGACAUCAUGAACAUGCCCCGCGCCGGCUCAGAGUUGCUGGACCCCUCUGCGGCGCGCGAGAUGUUCCGGGGCGCAUGCCGCGAACUCAGCAGCCUUCUGUCCAGACCUACUCAAGGCCGCAAUUUGAACGACUGCCUCAACGCAUGUAAUGACGACGACGCUCGCGCCAUCCUUCUCGCUUGGAACGGCAUGCGAUGCCGAAAUGCGGCCCUCGUGGAGUUCAGCCCCACCCUCUCGGGACGCGUCCGGAACAACACCGCGCCCCUGCACCUCGGAGCCGGGGAGGCCGCGAAAGGGGCCUGCAUGUACAUGGUGAAGUACCUCGUCAAAGAAGCUUACGAGCUGGCAGCCUCGUUGUCCGCAUUGGCGGACGCUCGCCGUCACAUUGAGCUCUACCCGUCCUCGGCUGACGACGCAGGCGCCGCAGCACGGUGCACGCGCCACUUCCUACAACGAGUUCUCAAUUCCAGAGCCGCCGAGCUUGCCCCGACACAGGCGGCUGCGAUCGCUCUCGGCGUCGCGCCCAGCGGACAUUCUCACGCAUGCGUCAAUGCCUGCGUGUGGGACGCCGUCCACCUCAGACGUCUUUUGCCCUCCGGUGUCUCCCUGCUGUCAGCUUCUUCCUCGGACCUCCACCCGCCCGCUCCCGAUCCGCCCGACGACGGGGAGUCGCCCUUGGACCAGCGAUAUGCCGACGCAUGCACUGGCGACCCAGACGAAGUCGACGCGGCAGACGAGUGCGACCAUCCGCGCCGAGGCACCUGCAGUAUCUACGCCACGUCGGGCGGCGCGCAGUUUGCAUUAUCGCAGGCUGACCACUGCGCGCGCCGGUCCAAACAACUAGCCGACCUCACCUUCGACGAGUUCGUCAUGGGGAUGCGCGCCCAGAAAGUUUCCGCGGAACAGCGGGCAAAGAUAGCCGUCGAAUCGGGCAAGAGGGGCCGCCCUACGAACCCGAGCUUCGAACUCGAACCGCCGCGCCUUUUGGCGGGCCAGUACGUCAUCAAAGAAAUGUCCAAAUUCGACGUGCCGGAUCAGGAGACCGACGCCGAUGCAGACAUCCGCAACUUACGCGACGCUGCCAGCACCGACGUGAACUCCAGAGCCAUGAA